AGAUUUACAUUAAAAUGAGCUGAACAUCGGAAAGAAGUGUUUUAGGAUAGAUAUAUCUGAAGUUUAUUAUGAAUGAAAACAUAGGUUUCUCUGGAUUGGACCAAAUUGGUGACGUUUUUAACAUUAAGGUCUUUGUUUGUGAUAAAUAUGAAGAAUGUAGGGUUUUCGUAAGGAACAUUGAGGAUUGUAAGGAUUGGAUUCGUGAGGAAUUUGAUGAUUUUGUGGUGCCCCAAAUCUCUAUUCCGUGACUCCAAAUAGUUUUUAUUGUAGUCAU